AUGGCUGUGCUUCCUGGCUGUGAUGUGGAGGUGGUGGUGCUAAUGGCAGAUGUUGAUCCAAAGCUAUGCCUAUUGUGCCCCGCAAUACCGGCCGCCGUCUCAAGCCGCCGUGAGGCCUCCCGUCGCCAGGCCGCGCCCCCUCCGCAAGGCCGGCCAUCGCCGUCGCCACACCUCCCCUACCCGGCCUCACUGCUCCGGCCGCCGUCAGGCCACCACCGCAAGGCUGGCCACCGCCGCCGCCACGCCUGCCAUGCCCCGCCUCACUGCUCCGACCGCCGUGGCGCCGCCUUCGCAAGGCCGGCCACCGCCGCCGCCAUGCCUCCUCUGCCCCGCCUCACUGCUCCGGUCGUCACCGCCACGCCUCCCUGCCUAGCCUCACUGCUCCGACCGCCGUCGCGCCGCCUCCGCAAGGUCGGCCACCGCAGCCGCCACACCUCCUCUGCCCUGCCUCACUGCUUCGGCCGCCGCCGCCACGCCUCCCCUGUCGCGCCUCACUGCUCCGACGCCGUCGCGCCGCCUCCGCAAGGCCGGCCACCGCCGCCGCCAUGCCUCCUCUGCCCCGCCUCACUGCUCCGACCACCGCCGCCACGCCUCCCCUGCCCCGCCUCACUGCUCCGACCGCCGUCGCACCGCCUCCGCAAGGCCGGCCACUGCCGCCGUCACGCCUCCUCUGCCCCGCCUCACUGCUCUGGCCAUCGUCGCCCCGCCAACUGA